GAUCUUAUGGCUGAAGGCCAAAGAUCAACAUCAUGUUUCAACUGCAGUAACAGACGGUGAAGUUGGAAUUGGCAUACCAUGGGCCAACAACUUGGAAGUUUCAGGCCUGUUUCAAGUUUACCAACAACCCAGGGAUGAAAAUUCUCUGGCUGAUUUACUCUAUGGUUUAAAAGACGGCCUAGUUUCUCAUGAAUCCUCAAAUCCUUACCCGUCUGCAGCUUUUGACAAUGCUUCUAUUGGGGGAAAAUUCACAUAAUUUUCAUACAAAGCAGAAACCUGGUUUUAGGAGAGAAGUAUCUCUAUGAUGAUGAUUUCGAUUACCCUGAUCAGACAGUUGCAAAGUCAGACAUUCUGGGAUGCCCUGAUGACAAGGAAAUGCCAGAAAAAAUUUCACCUAAUGUGUGUUAUGAGCAAAAUAUGCUGGAUCCCAUGAUUUUUGUUGAACAGGCGGCUGAUAGCUUAUUUCCCGGAAUGGAUACUUUCUCCGCAACUGUCCCUCAUGCAGUGGAUGCAACUGGUGGAGCAAUUCUAUCUUCCAAUGUUGCGGAGCAUGAAAGCAUACUUGAAGAGUCCGACCCUGAGAGUGACAAAGGUGGUGAUGGAGAUAAGGGCGAAUCGAUUACUGAUGCAGUGAUAGCUGAAUUCGAAGCUGACAUUUACGGUUUGCAGGUUUGCACCUGCUAUUUCAAUUCCUGCCUGCCACUUAAAACAACUGAACUUCCUCAUGCUGAUAUCCAAAUUAUAAAGAAUGCUGAUCUUGAAGAACUGCGAGAGUUAGGAUCUGGUACAUAUGGAACUGUUUAUCAUGGGAAGUGGCGAGGAUCAGAUGUUGCUAUCAAGAGAAUUAGAAGUAGCUGCUUUUCUGGGAGAUCAUCAGAGCAAGAGCGGUUGACCAGAGACUUCUGGAGAGAGGCACGCAUCCUUUCUAAUCUUCAUCAUCCCAAUGUGGUUGCUUUUUAUGGGAUGGUACCAGACGCCGCUGGGGGAACCUUGGCAACUGUAACUGAAUUUAUAGCGAAUGGCUCACUAAGGAAUGUCCUAGUUAAGAAGGAUAGAUCACUUGAUCGCCCCAGGAAGCUUAUUGUUGCCAUGGAUGCAGCUUUUGACAUGGAAUACUUGCAUUUCAAAAAUAUCGUCCAUUUUGAUCUUAAAUGUGACAAUCUACUUGUCAAUCUGAGGGAUCCACAACGACCCAUAUGCAAGGUAAUCUCAAACCACACAUCUUGUAAAUCCAUGCAAGGGUACAGAUAGAUGCAACUCUGAGAGCUUCCACUGAAUACAAGGGGUGCAUGUACAGUUUAACUUAGUUUUCAAUAUUUAAUCAAUAAAGAUUGCUUUCUACAAGGAACC